GCGUGACCCACGGGUAACCACACAACAUACAGAAAUCUGUCUUAAACCCUUUCACCAAGUCAAAACCCAGAAAUUGAAACCCUUUUUUUUUCUUUCUCAAUCUUCUGCCAAGACCUCUCAAACAAUCAGAGCAGCGGUGGUCGCGAUGAUGCGUCAAGGUGGGUCCAGGCUCGCCGGGUCUACGGCGGCCGCGUUAGGCGCACGCCUCUUCUUCCACUCCGCCACCUCCGGUGCUUCCGCCCGUGGCUUGGCCAACGGGAAAUCUGUUUUGGCCGGAAUCAUGAACGGCAACGCGACCAGCGGGUCGGGAAAGAGUUGGAUCGUCGGCGUCCGGAACUUGAGCGCGGUGGCGCAGCAGCAGCAGCAGCAGGUGGAGAAUGGUAAGCCAAGUGUUGCCGUUACUGCUGAGAACGCGAAGGAGAAGAAGGAGAUUGUGAGUUACUGGGGCGUGCCGUCGGGGAAGGUUGUGAAAAAGGAUGGCACCGAAUGGAGGUGGACCUGCUUUAGGCCAUGGGAGGCGUACCAAGCUGAUCUUUCGAUAGAUCUGAAUAAGCACCACGUACCUGCGACGUUUAUGGACAAAUUGGCUUAUUGGACCGUCAAAUCCCUCAGAUGGCCCACCGACUUAUUCUUUCAGAGGCGAUAUGGCUGCCGGGCAAUGAUGCUAGAAACUGUAGCUGCUGUUCCAGGCAUGGUGGGUGGCUUGCUGCUGCACUGCAAGUCACUGAGGCGCUUCGAGCACAGCGGCGGGUGGAUCAAAGCCCUGCUGGAAGAAGCUGAGAAUGAGCGUAUGCAUCUCAUGACCUUCAUGGAGGUAUCUAAUCCCAGGUGGUACGAGCGCGCUCUUGUGUUUACUGUCCAAGGUGUUUUCUUCAAUGCUUACUUCUUAGGCUAUAUGAUAUCUCCGAAAUUCGCUCACCGUGUGGUGGGUUACCUCGAGGAGGAGGCAAUACACUCUUACACCGAGUUCCUCAAGGAACUCGACAAGGGCACCAUUGAGAAUGUGCCGGCUCCGGCCAUUGCCAUCGAUUACUGGCAGCUGCCUGCGAACUCAACCUUACGUGACGUUGUCAUGGUUGUGAGAGCGGAUGAGGCUCACCACCGCGAUGUCAACCACUUUGCAUCUGACAUACAUUAUCAAGGACGUGAGUUGAGGGAGUCUCCUGCUCCAGUUGGUUAUCACUGAGAAGCCUAUAAUUUUGGGUGAUUACAUGAAAAAAAGGAGAAAGCAUGAGAAUUUCUUGACAUGAAACAAGUGUUUUUUUUAGAAGUGAUGAUGGUAUCUGGCAUCUACAUAUGGUCUGCUAUCAAUUUGAUUUUGUUGUAAAUACAUUAUGGAGUUACUUGGGUGUGAACAUCUCCCUUUUUCACUAUGGUUGUAGACUUAUAUAUGUCAAUUAAGGUUGAACAUGGUACCUUCCUCAUAUUUGUAGACAGAAAACUAAGAACUAUUUGUAAUUCUAAAGGUAAUAUUGCUAA